AUGGCUUCUAAACUUCGUUCACUCUCCUCGUUCCUUGUACUCUUCCUCCUCUUUCACCUCCUCCCUCUCCUUUCUUAUGCAACUUUACCGAACUCGCAUGAUGGAAAGCCAUUAUCCAUUGAGUUUCUUAAGAAUCUUAAAGGAUGCCAAAAGGGUGAUAUCGUCAAAGGGAUCCAUGACCUCAAAGAUUACCUUGAACAUUUUGGUUAUUAUAACCAUCCCACCAAGCCUAACAACGAUGAAUUUGACGAACUCUUGGAAUCCGCGAUCAAAACUUAUCAGCUUAAUUAUAAUCUCAAGGCCACUGGAAUUUUGGAUGCGAAAACAAUAUCAAAGAUGAAGAUGCCUCGUUGUGGCAUGCCAGAUAUCAUCAACGGUACAAAUUGGAUGCAUUCGGGGGGUAGCAACAAAAAGGGACAUCAUGGUGGCCACCUAAUUGGUUCAUUCCAUGUCGUCUCGCACUAUGAAUUCUUGCCCGGAAAACUGAGAUGGCCAGAUUCAAAGCGUCAUCUAACCUAUAGAUUUCUUGGGGGCUUCCCAGAUGCAUACAUAAGCCCCGUUGAAGAAGCUUUCAAAACAUGGGCAAGGAACUCAACAUUCACGUUCUUUCGUGCUAGCAGCUACUGGAAAUCACCAUAUAGAAGACGCCGUUGGCCAACAGUAUCAGAUCUCAAAAUUAGUUUUGAAGAGAGGGAACAUGGAGAUGGGUAUCCUUUUUAUAAUGGAAUCCUGGCUCAUGCUUUUUGGCCAUCUGAUGGGAGACUCCAUUUCAAUAAGGAGCAACAAUGGAGUGUGGUUGCUGCCCCAAGUGCGUAUCACCUCGGUACGAUUGCCUUGCAUGAAAUCGGGCACCUUCUUGGACUCGCCCAUACCUCACUUGAGGAUGCUAUUAUGUACCCUUACUUCCUUGCAGGACAGAGUAAAGAUUUGACCAAGGACGAUAUUGACGGAAUCAACAACUUAUAUGCUUGA